GUCAAUGUCAAAUUUGUCAAACAAACGGGCUUGAGCGUGAGCCGGUUGCGCUGUUUAUUUACAUUAAAAAUCGAUGAUUACAUGGAUACUUAUUAAAAACCAAGAUGAUACGCAUUUCUGCUUUAAACGAGGAAUCGGAGGAGGAGAGUGGAUCUGAAGAAGAAGUGACACGGGAGGCGUCAGAGCAGAUAGCAUUUCAGCAGUAUACAAAGGCUUUGGAGCUUCAGCGAAAAGGUAAUCUCAAAGAUGCCACUCAGUUACUCAGAGACCUCCUCGACACGGAGCUAUUGCAUGAAGUGCAAAAACCAGCACCAGGCGAGAAAGUUCCCGGUCCUCUGUUUAAUUUAAAGUAUUUAUCGUAUAAAAACCUGGCGACUAUGUUGAGCGUAUCUGAGGAAGUAGAUGCGGCUAUAGAGGCUUACUGUGCUGCGUCAGAGCUUGACGAUACGGAUGUCACCCUGUGGCACCGCCUGGGACAGCUCUGUAUGCGCGCCAAACGCUACGAGAUGGCACUGCGCGCUUUCCAACACGGCGCAGAGUGCAACCCUCGCCACUGGCCUUGUCUCGACAAGAUCAUCACCCUGCUCCUAGGUCUUGACUACAAAGAAGAAUGCAUUUCAACCAUAUAUGAGGCAUUACAACUAGAUCCUGGAUACUUACGUGGUCUAGCUUACCGGAAACAUAUCUACACUGUCUAUCCCUAUAUAAAAGACUUUAUGGAAUAUCUUAAUCCUAUCUACAAAUGGGAUGAAAAGGAAGAUGAUCCCUUUGAUGAUGAAAAGGCUUUGAAACUGUUAAAAGAAGCAGAAGACAUCCAUGAAAUAUACCUUGAGCAACAGAAAGCAGAGCAAUUUAAGUAUGUGUUACCAGACUUGAAGUUGGUUAAACCAGUAUCUAAUUUAAACUGGAAAUCAGUUGGUGACUCUCUCGUUCACAUGCACCACUACAUGGCUGAACAUUAUUACAGCCAUGCAUGCAAAUUAGAAAUAGUUUAUCAAAAAGUAGAUAAAGAUGAGACUAUGGAAGUGUGUGAGGAGCCUAAAGAACCAGAACCAGAGGAGAAUAAGAUUGAAGAAGCUGUCACAGACACAGAGAAGAAUCCUGAAAAUGUCUCAGAGAAUGAAAAUAAUGAUUUGUCAGACAAAGAUAAGGCAGCAACUGAUACUGAAAAGGUUGAUGCAGCUGAGAGUGAUGUUGAAAUGGCUCCUGAAGCCCCUGAAACUCCUACCGACAGUAAAAUACCCAAGAAAACACCUGUAAGAAGGAGAGGCAGUGCUCUCAGCUUCCUACGGAUGUGGGAGUGGUGCAAGCGAAAAUCUGGGAGAAAAAAGACAACAGGAAAGCAGGAUCAAGACAAUAACAUCUAUGAGACACUUCGCAAAAUGGUGCCCAUUUAUCUAGUCCCUGAAAUGGUUGAGAAGAAAGAAAAUCAGGCUAGAGAAACUUCACCAGAUAUAACAAAUCUUGACAAACUAUUUGAGGAGAAGGAAAAACCUGAAGAAGUUAAGGAGUAUUUUGGUUCAGAAGAUGAACAAAAAGAUGUAAAGAAUUUUAUAAACAAAUACACUGAAAACAAAAGGGAUAUCAUUGAUAUAUUAAAAGAUUACCUUAUUAUCUUAGCUGGUAAGUGGAGGGAGAAGUGGCCAGAAGGUCUGCCUGAUGUGUUUGUUGAUGCCAACAAAUGCUAUCUUACACACAUAGAUAUUCCUUCAUGCACCAGUGAUAAUGAUGAGGACUUGCUACAUUACACCAACGUCAACUUACUUGUAGAAGAGUUUACCGUCAAUGAGAAGUUCAACGCAAAUGUUCCAGAUGACAAGCAACAACAUGACUUGAGCGUCAUUGAAACUAUAGGCAUCAUAUUAAAUCUAAGGCCACAAAUCUUUGAUACUACAGAGUGCUUAGACUUGAAUCUACGGUACCUCUGGGUAAGGCUACACAUACAGCUGUUGAACAAAUGCAAUGAAUUUGCCUUAGAUUGCUUGCAUCAGCUCUUAUUCGAAUUUGAAGCCAUGGGUGAACAUCAUGAUACAUACAAUUUAAAUAUUGUCAACUUCACAUUCAAACCAAUAGUCAAUGAGACUGAAGUUUUUGCUGGUAUAAAGUUCCUCGAGAGAAAUAAGAGGCUUGCCACAGUCAUGGAUUUAUAUGAGAGAGGCAAUUAUGACGAGGUGUUAUCAAUAGUGAUUGAUACUUUUGAUCACUGUAAAACAAUGGCCCGGAAUGAAGAAGACGUAGCUCUAGAUUUUGCAGUACAUUUAGCUGUUAUAUUAGACACUUACUGGGCUUUAGAUAAACCUGAUGAAUGCUUCAAAUGGUCACUGACCUGUCUACACGAGGCUCUUAAACAUUACUUCCGAUUCACCACAGGAUCUCCAGAAUAUGAUAAGUGGACCCUGACAGUUGUUAAGAUCCUUUGCUGUAUGGAACAUAUUCUCACAACAGAAGGCUUGACUUGCUUAGAUACUGUAACUCCAAAGGAACUUAGUCAGGGCUUAGAAGACCUCAUUAGAGUUAUUGGCCAUCAAGUGGAAACCAAUGCAUCUGAAAUGCCUUUCGGAACUGUCAUUCCAUGGAUUAUUAUGCAUUACAUACUUCAAAGGGAGGAGGAUCAAGGGAGGGCUAGAAUAGAUACGGAGAAAGAUGAGGGCGAUGAAGUUCCCAAUCCUAUAAUGGUGUUGUUUAUAGCACAUGAACAGCUUGGCAAAAGAGGUUGGUGUUGUAAGUCUGAAGGGAGACUACUCUAUUUUACUUUAGACACGGUCGUGCCGAGGUUGCGAUCUCCUUCUUUAGCUAAAUCUCUGGAACAAGUUGUUCAGUACAUGGAGCAGUGUGUUUACUGUUUAUUUGGACACCCCGGAAGAAAGAAUAAGAUAAAAUACCUUGUUGACCACAAUGUGCCGGCUGCAACCUUAGAUUGGAAGAGAGCUCAGCAGCUUUACGAGAUAUUCAGACCGCCAACAUUGCCGGCCCUCGAAGGCAAGCUGCCUGGCAUCACAGCUGACUCGGAACAGUUGUUCCAUAAGAUAUUGGCACUGUUGCCGCCCGAGUGUGACCCUCAGAAAUACCUUCCGGACAUCGACAAAUUCAUUAAAGGAUUAGAAGACAAAUUACCGAACACUACAUCAUUGUUACCUUACAAAAUGCGGGAUAUUUACUUUUUAUUGGGAGAUUAUUAUUAUAAAAAGGAAGAAGUAAAAUUAGGAGUGAAGUUCAACAAGUUAGAUGUGGCCGUGAACAAUGAUAGAGUAGAAUCAUGGGCGAGGAUAUCUCUCGCCAAAGCCGUUAAUUUAGAUCGAAUGCUGAAUUCUUGUAAAAAUCUCAAUCAUGAAAGAGAAUAUUUGAAUCCUGCAAAAGCUGUUAUACGUUGUUUCAAAAGGACCGUGGAGCUAGAUCCCACGCUGUGUCACAUGUGGACGGAAUAUGGAAUGUUCGCUUAUUCAGUUCACUCGUUUUGCUCACGGGUGCUGAAACAAGCCAGCGAGUCAUUGAGUAUGGAGGAUUUUGAAUCUUUAGAAAAACAAAAGGAAGAUAUGUUAGACACGACACAAAAAAGUUUCGUUACUGUGCUGAAUGAACUGAGCGACAACAAGGAGGCGCAGACCAGCCACGAGGAGGAAACAUGGCUGCACUUCUACAUGUUAGGCAAAGUGGGCGAGAAGCGCAACAAGCCUCCCUCUGUGUACUUAGAUUAUUACAUGAAGGCUGUGAAGAGUUUGCAAGAGAGCGACGCUACAUAUCCAUUGAAGAUUAAUUACACGACCCCACCGCAUCUAUCCAUUGAAGUGUUAGAGAUGCACUAUCGGAUUCAUGCGUCUAUUUUAAAAUACAUCGAACAGCAUGAAAACAAGCCUAUACCUACAUCAGUGGGCAAGGUGUUUUUAACGUGCAUCGAUGAAUGGAAGAAGGGUCCUUUUACGAAAAAGACAAAAAAGGAUGGUGGCGCAGAACUGGAAACAAACACAGAGCCCAAACCUGCGGAACCUAUUCACCCGGCGAAUAUUCUCAAGCGAUCUAUAAGCGACGCUGGCGAGGAAGAGUCUUACGAGGCUAAGAGACUGAAGAUGGAAGCGGCAGCAGCAAAGGUUAGGCGAUCAGCUUCCUAUGACACUGAAAGGACGCCUAAAGAGCCUAUUGUGCCGAGUACAGACGUCGCUCAAACAAAACCAACUGCGGCUGUUGAAGAAAAUAAACAAGAAGUCAUUGUACUUGACGAAAAGUCGCCGCCACCGGCGGUGCCGCCUGCACCCGCUCCAGCUGAACCCAUCAAAGAAAUAACACCGGAAGGAGAAAAGUCCGACGAGAAGAAAGACGCGACUGACGGCGAGAAGAAAGGUGAAAGUUCAAGCAGUACGUCUUCCACGUCCUCCUCAGACUCCAGUUCCAGUGAGUCCUCAUCAGACAGCAGCAGCAGCUCGAGUAGUGAUAGCGAGAACUCUUCAAAGUCUGCCAACGACGCCAAACCUCUGACGGACGAUGAGAUCAUGAAGAUCGUGUCGGCCUGUCUCGACGCGCUAGAAGACUGCGCGAGUCGCUUCCCGCCACAUUAUAAGGCUAUAUACAGACUUGCUCACUACCACUUCUAUUACAAAAAAGGCAAAGACAUCGAACGGUGUCGAGAUCUCAUGUUAUCCAAUUUCACUUCAAGAUUAGGUCAGAAGUUGGGAGGACUAUUUAGUGAGAGAAAACCCUCAAACUUUUUCAACAAUAUUUGGAAGAUACCUCCACAAGAAAUAGAUAGACCUGGCGGCUUCAUUUUCCACAUGAAUCGCUCUGUCCUUCUUACUCUGGAAAUAUUGAAAGAGAUAGAUGAUCAUAAAACUCUAUUAGAUCUAAGUUUACAUUUGAACAGAACGCCUGAUCCCGAUAAAAAAUAUUUACGUGACUCCGACAGAGAGGAGUUGGCACAGCAAGCGUUCUCACUCUGUAUCCAGUCUCUCAAAGGUCAGCUGACUAAGUUCAGCCAGCAGGCGGACUUGAAGAGCAAUGAGGUCGAGCGGCAGGCUCUUAAUAGUUUAAUGUUGGAUAUCUACAGAGCAUAUCAAAGAGCUCAGAAGCAGCCAAACUCUAAACAAUUCACGAACUUACUAAUUGAAGGUUACAAGCUGGCUACAAGCGAGACGAUCGCCGAAAAUGCAAAUCUUGUCGACAUCAGCAUGAAGUACUGCCAGAAGUUAAUUCAGAAACUGAAGCAUGAAGCGACGAUGGCUAGUUUGGACAAAAGUCAGAACGCUCAGAAAAAACAAGCUGCUAAGGCUGCUGUUGCUGAGACUGUGAAAGCUACGACUUCGACUGCCACUGCGCCGUCGAAGCCUGAACAGAAGGCUCCACCAACUUUAACAUCAGCCGCAUCAGCUAUAGGUACUGGUUUACCGAAACUGUCGGCGCAUGACAUGGCCGCCGCGUUCCAAAGCUACUUACCUAUGUUGAACGAUCCCGUGCUCUCUCAGCAAGCAGCAGCCGCUCUGUCUUUAUCUACCUACCUAUCUAAUAUGAGCCUCGCUGGCUACCCGGCAUUGCAACACAAUUUACAAUCUACCUUACAAAGUAGUCUGCAAAAUUCGUUCCAAGCAGAAUUCUAUCGCCAGUUUCUUGGCCAGAGUUUCUCAUCGUUCAUGCCGCCUGUGAAGAAGCAAAAGCGGGGUCCGAAGCAGGGGUCAGUGCGCCAGCCAAGUAACCCGCAAUUGAAAACAUCAAAAUCAUUCACUGCGCCUUCUAUGCCUGCAGUAAGCAAAACGGCGCCAACACCUGUGAUAAGUACUCUUCAGAAGUCAGCAUCGACUCCUCUGACUCCGAGUAUGGGGACGGUGCUACAGAACUUACCUGCUUCAAUGAGUGCUAAUCUUUCAUCAUUCGGAGCGGCUCACUCUACAUCUCACGCGUCGCACACGAUGCCUGCGCAGGCGCACAUGUCGACUGCAUCUACCGUGAAUGCUGCUAUUCACACGAAGCCACCGAUGCCGCACCAGCAAGUCAGCCCUGGCAAGACAUUGCAGGAGAAACUGGCUGAACGGCAGAAACACCAUCCUAUAUCCAAGAGUCACGAUAUAAACGCGUCUAUAAGUAAACUGCCAUCUUCCCUCACUAUCACCAAGACUUCGGUUCCUAAGCCGGUGAUGAAGAAGCCUGAUGCUAAGAAACAGCUGCCCUUCACGGAACGACCCAAACCCAUCACCUCGGACGAGGUCAUUGUACUCGAUGAUGAUUAGAUUAUGAUUUAUAUUUAUCAAUCAGUAGAAAUUAGACAUUACAUUAAAAUAUAUUAUGAUUAUACACCUUUUGAUCCAAUAAAUUAAAUACAAUCA